CUGUUAUUGUUUAAUUACAGGUUGUUGGUAUAUACUAUGGAGCUAAGAGACAAUACGAGCCAGUACCAGGAAAGACGAUUGAUUGGCCGGGUAGUGUGAUUCCACCUGAUACUCCAAAAUGUGGAUUUGAAAACGAGUUGUGCCCACCUACUGAUAACAGUCCAAUGACUCUAUGGAUCAUGGGUGCAAUGGCCAUUAUCAUUCUGAGUGCUGUUGUCAUUAUUCUUUUUGUGUUGAGGAAAUAUCGAUUGGAGAGAGAAUUAUCAAACAUGUCAUGGCGAAUACGAUGGGAGGACAUCAGUUUCAAUAGCAAAGGAGAUAAAAUGCGUAAACUUGGAAGUCGGAUGAGUCUCGCUUCGGGAUCAGCCGAGUCUGGUACCAGUGUUUGGGGGAAUAAUCAGCAGAUCUUCACGGUCACCGGCUUUUAUAAGGGUAACGUGAUUGCAAUCAAGCGAGUGAAUCGCCAGAGGGUCGAGCUCAACAGGAAUGUACUAAUGGAAAUCAAACACGUCCGUGACCUUCAGCAUGAUCACGUGAUCAAGUUUAUCGGAGCAUGCAUCGACGCACCCAACAUCAGCAUCAUGACUGAGUAUUGCCCCAAAGGUAGCUUACAGGAUAUUCUGGAAAACGACUCAAUUGAACUGGACGAGCUCUUCAAGUAUUCCCUGAUGUAUGAUAUCGUCAAGGGUAUGCUAUAUCUUCAUAAUAGCGUGAUACAAACUCACGGUAACCUGAAGUCUUCAAACUGUGUUGUGGAUAGUAGAUUUGUGUUGAAGAUCACAGACUUUGGCUUGACAUCUUUCAGAGAACCUGAUCAUGCUUUUGAACCGGAUGAAGAGGAUUCUUACAAAUACUAUCAAAGGAGAUUAUGGACAGCCCCCGAGCUUCUUCGCCUACCUGAGAUACCCUCUGGGGGAACACAGAAAGGAGAUGUAUACAGCUUUGGUAUAAUCCUACAAGAGAUCAUGUACAGAGAAGGAGUCUUUUACAUCAAGGAUGUUGACUUGAUGCCAGAAGAAAUUGUGAAGAAAGUAGCAAACGGUUACAAGCCAGCAUUCAGACCAACAAUUGAUCGAGUGACGUGUUCACAGGAGAUGAUGGACCUCAUUACAAACUGUUGGAAGGAAGAUUCGAAUGAAAGACCCGACUUUAGUCAACUCAGAGGAAUCAUGCGCAAACUCAACAAGAACUCUGAAAACAAGGGCCUGGUUGAUACGUUACUGUCUAGAAUGGAACAGUACGCUUCUAAUCUCGAAAGCUUGGUCCAGGAGAGAACUGAAGCAUUUUACGAGGAGAAGAGAAAGGCUGAGGAACUCCUUUACCAGAUUCUGCCGAGGCCAGUUGCAGAGGAACUGAAGAAAGGAAAACCUGUGACGGCAGAAUCAUUUGAAUGUGUGACCAUCUAUUUUAGUGACAUCGUGGGCUUCACAAAAUUAUCAUCAGGCAGUACUCCCCUUGAGGUGGUUGAUUUACUCAAUGACCUAUACACUUGCUUCGAUGCUGUAAUUGACAAUUUCAACGUAUACAAGGUUGAGACGAUCGGGGAUGCCUACAUGUGUGUAUCGGGCCUCCCAAUUCGUAAUGGUGACUUCCAUGCCCGAGAAAUUGCCCGUAUGUCCCUUGCCCUCCUUCAUGAAAUAACAUCAUUUAGGAUCAGACAUAGACCGGAGGAGAGACUUCGUCUUAGAAUUGGAGUACACACAGGCCCAGUUGUAGCUGGUGUAGUUGGUUUAAAGAUGCCUCGAUAUUGUCUCUUUGGAGAUACCGUCAAUACAGCAUCUAGAAUGGAAUCUAACGGAGAAGCAAUGAAGAUCCACGUCAGUCAACAGACUAAGAAGAUACUUGAAUUAUUCGGAACUUUCAUCCUAGAACUAAGAGGGGAAGUUGAGAUGAAGGGGAAAGGAACUCAGACAACUUUCUGGUUGAAGGGGGAGCUGAAGGGACAAAAUGGCAUCUGCGAUCUCAAGUAUCAAGAGAUUACAGUGUGACGUCAUGGCGUGGACUGCUAACUGCGCGCAUAAUAUCUUCCUAUUUAAUCCAGCACAUAGCCUGACACACUUGGGACAGAGCAGUGGGAGCACCGCUCAUCCAUAGCCAGAUCAAUAGAAAUUUAGGUUUGAAAAUGCUUCCGACGAUUUUAUCGCUUCUGUGAUUCAUGUGAAACUGUAAAAAUUGCGAAGAAAUUGCUUGUGUGUUAUUUCCAUACUUAAUGAAUAGAUCAAGAGAAAUUGGAUUUUUAUUUCAAAAGUGUCAGCGGUAAUUUUGUUCCUUGUAGGAUAAGGUUGCAAUAGAUUAAUGUUCAAAAAUGUUUAAAAGGAAUGUCCCAUUAACAGGGAUAUCAUCAAAAUUAAGUACAAAAUAUUGACAAAUAUCAUUUCUUGCAAAAUUUUUAUUUUUGGUGACUGAUAUAUGUCGUUUAUUAAUGAAUGUGAUGUUGUAAACAAAUAAUUAAAAAGUUCCAAAGAAAGGGCUAAAUAAUUUAUAACGAAAGGGGUAAAAUUAUGUUUUAUCUAUAUGACUUGCGUAUUCUGUAUCGUAAUAGAGGGGACAUUGUGUGAAACUUUUUGUCACCGAAAUGAAGUAAGUAGUUCAAAAUUAAAACAAUUUUAAGAAUAAAGAUAAUCAUCACACCACACUUUCAAAUUGAGAAUGCUGCAUUUACGUGAAAACCCGUUGGUCCAUUACGCUUCUACAAUAGAUAAAAACAUACAUGAAAAUAUUAUAGAGGAUAUCAUGUUGAUAUUAGAAUCAACGUAUUCAUUGAUAAAUUUUCUAUCGGUACUACCACAAUGAAUAUGUAUUGCUUUAUGAUGUCUAAAUAUUUGUAUGAUGUGUUUUGACAAAAAAAUAUUUUGGCGAGUAUUAUAUUGCUUUAAUUUAGCAUAGGUGAUCACUCCAUUUACUUGGUAAACAUGGAUAUUUUCAAGUUUGAGUUCAUAUUCAACUGUUAUGGUUUCUUGUUAUUGUUUAUAGUUGUUCUUGUUUAUGUUGCAUUAUAAAUGAGUAUGAAUGUAUAAUUGACUUUUGAUUCAUGUCAAAUAGUUCAUACAUUGUUGCCCCUUAAGUGAUGCAUUUUCACAAAAUGAUGUGUACAAAGCUUUUGUUUGUUUUUUGUCUCUCUCUCUCACUCAAAACAAAAUAUUAUAGUUGUAUAAGCCUUAUGUGCAAAAAAUGUGUACGAUUGCAUACACUUUACGGCAGUUUCGACCAAAAUGUGUACAAUAUCAAGGAAGUGCAUCGUCAUUGAUGCCAAAUUGUGAAUACUGUGUAAAAAUAUAUAUGGACUUGUAUUGUUAUGACACAAAUUAAUAGAAUGCAUUUUGUAUUUUAGCAAU